AUGUCACGAUUGAUCGUUAAAGGAUUACCAUCCACUUGUACGGAAGCAAAACUGAGGGCACAGUUUGAGAAAUUCGGUAAAUUGACCGAUUGUACGUUGAAGUUUACAAAGGAAGGAAAAUUUAGACGUUUCGCGUUUGUUGGCUAUGAAAGCGAACAAUCUGCUGAAAAAGCGAUCGAUCAACUCAAUAAUACUUUCCUUAAUACUUCAAAAAUACAGGUAGAGGAAUGUAGACCGUUUGGGGAUGAAGCAAAACCACGAGCCUGGAGUAAGUAUGCUAUUGGUAGCAGUGCAUAUAAGCGAGCUCAUCCCGAUGACAAUAACAAUCAAAGUCAAAACAAUCAAAAGGAAGGGUCGCCAGUAAAUGAAGAUGGCAAACCACUAAAAAAGAAGUCGAAAUUGUAUUCUGACGAUAAACAAUUCAAGGACUUUUUAGCCGCACAGAACAGCAAAGUGAAAGCUCUUGAGGCUGUGAGUUAUUCUGAUAAAUUGAACGAUUUGGGUUUGCAGGAUGAUGAACCUACUGUUAAAGGACAUAUUGAUAGCCAGUUUGAAGAAGAUGAAGAUGGUUUGCUCAAUCAAUUACUUGAAGGAAUUUCAGGUGACACAACUUUAUCGUUGAUAGUAAAAGCCUUACCGGUAACAAUCAAACAGAAAAGUCUCAAAGAAUGGUUCAGUCCGAUUCGUUUGAAGGGUAUCAAAAUCAGUCGCGACAAUCACAGAGCUUUCGCGUUUGUAACGUUCACACAACGAAGUGAUGUAAAGAAAGCUCUACAAAGGAAUGGCCAGUUUUUAGGCGGUUCAAAAGUCAAAGGAGAAAGAAGCCAAACUGAAGGUAGCAUUUCACUUGAAUUGAAUCCCAGUGAAAAUUUGAAGGCAAACGCUGGCAAAGCUCACUCGUGGAAUGCGUUAUUUAUGGGUGCCAAUGCAAUCGCUGAUAGCUUAGCGGCUAAGCUGAGCAUUGAAAAGAGCGAUUUAUUGAGUGGUGAAGGAGAAACGAGUUAUAAAACAGGCGAUUUGGUAUUCAUUGCAAGCUUAAAAUGCCUGAUAAUUUGUAGUGCUGGUGUGCGAUUGGCAUUGGCUGAAACUCGAUUGGUGAAAGAGACACGUGAUUUUUUGUUAGCAGCGGGUGUUUGCCUGGAUGCCUUCUCGAGACCUGCCUCGAAACGAAGUGAUGUGGUGAUUUUGGUUAAGAAUUUACCGCACGGAGUUGAUUUGGAUGAAUUGAAAAGAAUGUUCGAAAGAUAUGGGUCUAUUAAGCGAGCCAUCAUGCCACAUGGUUAG